CUGGGACCGAAUUGCUGGCACGUGGGCCAGGGAUGUUGGAGGGCAGAUGGCCUCGAUAGAGAAACCUUCAUUCGGGUAAGGCUGGACGUGGGGCGGCGGCUUUCAAGAUUCGAUGUCAAGAUACGCAGGAACCAGCGAAAAUGAUUGGUGAUCUUCACGACGUGCUUCCGCCCCCACUGGUGGCACUUCGUGUGGACACUGGGGCGUGCGGCGCGCCCACUCGCACGCUUCCUUCCCCGCCAACCUUACUGGGACUGCAGAUGCAUCCGUUUUUGUCGACUGCAUUUGCGUUUUGCAUUCUUUGGAUUCCAGAUCUUGGACGGCCUGUGGUUCGAAGUACGGAGGAUGCAUGUAUCACUGUUGCACUGCCCGCACUCACCGCAACGCGGCAUCCGUUCGCCCGUAGGCCGCUCCAGGCGUGCCAGAGACGGCUUCGGCUUCCUCAACGGGGGCGCUUUGUCGCUACUGUACAUCCAGCGGACUGGGCGUUGGAUCUGUGUGGUCGAGCGGCCGAGCCACUCCGGUUGCCGCAUGAUUCGGCGCUGGCACGAGUGGCAUCGAAACCCUUCGAGCGAGUGGGAGGCGGGUUUUGUUUGAAGUUCCGGGACUUCGGUACAGAUCGCCGGAAAAGGAGCAGCCAGCAACAGCCAGCAGCAGCCAGCAGCAAAGGUGCGCGAUGUGCGCUAGGCAAGCAGAGGGAGGGGCGUUCGUCGACCCUGCGGCCAAUCGCAUGCCCCACUUCCCUCGCUUAG